GCGGGCGCUGCUGGGAACGCGCUGCCCUCGCGGAGCCGAGCGCCCGCUCCGUCUCGCCGCGGGGCGGGCGGCUGCGUCCCGGGGCUGCUAUGUGAGCGCGGACGAGGGCGCACGCGGAGGGGCUGAAGAUGAAGGUGCCCGCGCAUGGGCCGCUGCUGAUUGCCAACCCCUCCCGAGCUCGCGCCCAGUGCGGAGCCCGAGGCGGCCGAGGACCCGCCUUCGCCGCAGUAGCAGUUGGAGCAGAGAUAGAGGCAGCAUCCGCGGCGGUGGCGGAGGUGUCCCUUGCGCCAGCGCGCAGAGCGGCCGCGGCGACUUGGGGGCCGCCGCUGCCCCUGCUGCCAUGAGUUGUGCGGAGGUGAUGUAUCACCCCCAGACGUAUGGAGCGCCCCAGUAUCUGCCCAACCCUGUGGCAGCUGCAACCUGCCCCACAGCCUGCUAUCAGCCGGCGCCCCAACCUGGCCAGCAGAAGUUAGCGGUAUACAGCAAGAUGCAGGACUCUCUGGAAGUCACCCUUCCCAGCAAACAAGAGGAGGAGGAGGAGGAGGAGGAUGAGGAGGAGGAGGAGGAGGAGAAAGACCAGCCUGCCGAGAUGGAGUACCUUAACUCUCGCUGUGUCCUUUUCACUUAUUUCCAGGGAGACAUUGGGUCAGUAGUGGAUGAACACUUCUCAAGAGCUUUGGGCCAAGCCAGCACCUUCCAUCCAGAAUCUGCCAUUUCAAAAAGCAAGAUGGGGCUAACCCCCCUAUGGCGAGAGAGCUCAGCCCUCUCAAGCCAGCGAAGUAAUUUUCCAACUUCCUUUUGGACCAGCUCUUACCAGCCCCCACCUGCACCUUGCUUGGGGGGAGUUCAUCCUGACUUCCAAGUCACUGCACCCCCUGGCACCUUUACUGCAGCAGACCCUAGCCCCUGGUCAGGACAUGGCCUGCAUCAGACUGGCCCACCCCCUCCCCCUCCCGUGUCUGAGUCCUGGCACUACCCUUUGGCAUCUCAGGUCAGCCCAUCCUACAGCCACAUGCAUGAUGUAUACAUGCGGCACCACCACCCCCAUACCCACAUGCACCACCGCCACCAUCAUCAUCAUCACCAUCACCACCACCACCCUGCUGCUGGCUCUGCUUUGGAUCCAUCCUACGGUCCCCUGCUGAUGCCAUCCGUGCGUGCAGCCAGGCUUCCUGCUCCCCAGUGUGAUAUCUCUAAGACAGAUCCAUCUGCAGUCACCACUGCUACCUCAGCGUGGGCUGGAGCCUUUCAUGGAACAGUGGACAUAGUGCCAAGUGUGGGAUUUGAUACAGGUCUACAGCAUCAUGACAAGAGCAAGGAAUCGCCAUGGUACUGAAACAGUGUUAGGAAGUUGAGUUGCAGCCUAAAUCCAAGGACCCACUGUGGAAAUUUGUUAUUAGGAUUUUUCCAGUCUGCAAAGAGACACAAGUAACAUGGAAAGAGAAGAGGACAUGUCAGGCAGUUGACUUUGGGUUUGAAACUUUUCUGGAGAAAGCAAAGUGGGUUCUGGUCAUUGAAGAAAAGCAUUUUUUUUUUUUUUUUUCCCUCAUCUGAGCCUUUGUCAACUGUGUGACUUUCUUUUUUACUUUUUGGCUUUACCAGUACAUGGGUUAAUUGUUAUUUCAUUUUUAUUUUUUUAUAUUUUUCCUUUGGAACCAGCCAUUGUGUCGGAAAAGAUGAACCACAAAUGAAAAUGCUCAUUCUUUCAGGAAUAAAAUUUUGUAACUCUAUGUGCAUCUAUUUUUGUAGAAAUACAGAAAGUUUGGUUUAGCAUUGAUGGGCUAUUUUUGAGGGAUUUUUAAAAAAUAUUGUAAAAAUUGUUGAGUUCUGUUUAAAGAACUUGCUCUCAGAGAAGCACUGGCAACAAUGUUUAAAAAAAUGCUUAUCUUUAUAAUGUCUGUGAUAUGGUCAUUUUUGUGCUUUCUAGGUUUACCUCAAGUGUGUGAUAUUUUCUUCUUUCUAUAAAAGUAGCUACACUAUAGCCAAACCAAUUCAGUAUUGUUUUUCCAUUAAAUCUCAGUGGUGAUUUAAUUCUCUUCUAGCUCACUUAAUUUUGACUUACAUGUAUAACUUGGAAAGGGGAAAUGUUAAGGGCCACCCUAAAGGAUAUUUCAUUACUUUGAUUCUCCCGAAGAGUACUUGGAGGCUAUGAUGAAAGUUUGCAUUAAUCAGAUGGAAAGUUUGCCUAAAGUAUAAUAAUUCUCUUUCUAGUCCAUCCAACUUUGAUAAAUGGAACCAGAAUUUAUAAACAACUACUGUACUUAAAAACAAAUGUGUUUAAUCAUGCUACCUGUGAGUGCCAGUGACUUAUUCUGCUUGUUUCUAAUUAUUCAUUCAUAAAAAUUUAAAAGUUAAUGAGGUUUUUUUCAAAGUGAUAUUUUUUUCCUGGAGAAUUUGAUGAAAUAAUAUCUGGAAAGGUACUAGACACGUAACAAAGCCCAGGCUGUUUCUGUUAAUGUCGCUCAUCAUUUUAAAAUGAAAAAAAAUAUAGUGCUCAUGUAACCUUUUAAACCGAUAUUUUGCAAGUAGUUUUAUUUCUUCCAUUGUUUUGGUAUAAGUCUAGAUUUCCUUGUUUUAAUCCUUUAAAAUAUUUUAGGUCAAAAUAAAAUUUGUAUUGGCUUUUAAACUUUUACCACAAUUACUGAAAUUGGGCUAAACUUAACAAUUGAGGAUUCAACUUGACAUGGCCUUAGGAUUUAAAGUUGUUUAAAUUGACAUUUUAAAGGCAUUAAAGACAAGGUACAUUGCUUCUUUCACUUGCAUGUGUCAUGUGAAAAGUUAGUUUCAUUUAGCUGUUUGAAUUGGAUGAAAUGAGUUUUUCAAAUUUCUCCCAUCUUUCUCCACACACAUAAAAUAGAAUGUUCUAUGAAAUGCUGCUUUCCAACUUUAAUUGUGCACAUCAUGUGCAUGAAUAUUAGACAUGGACAAGACAACAUGCUUAGGCAGAGUGCUCACAGAUAAUUUUCAAAUAUUCUACUCGGCUAUAUCUUAUGUAUCAAUUUUUAUGGUGGAUCCUGAAAGUUAUAGACCUAUAAUCUCUUGUAUUUUUGUCAAUCUCUACUUUGCUUCUUCUUAACUAGAAUUUCUUAAACAAAAUGUGUACAUUUUUAACAACAUAAAGUUCAAACUUAAGGUAUCUUCCACUCAGCAACAAUCUCAAAUUUCUAAGGAAUACCCUGCUUAAUUACAUGCAUUUUGAUACAUUAUUUGUUUAAUACAAUUUUUUUGUAAUUUUUCCAAAUAAGUGUAGCACAGAAUUUAAUGAAUCUAUGAAAUGUAUUUUGUCCAGGGUUAUCCUGAGUAUUUGAAAACCAGUAUUCAGUAGUUUCCAUGAGAUAUCUCACUGUGGAUUAUUAGCCUCCUUUUCCCUUAGAAUCUGUUAACUUCCUUUGCAGCUUCUGCUAGAACAGUAUCAUACUUCAUUUAGAUCCUUUAGUUGGAAUUUUCCAGUUAAGAAGUGAAAAUAUUAAAUUUUUGCUUCUUUAUUAUCUGUGAAACUGGAUUGAAAGAGACAGAGGUGACAAGUAGUGGCUUCAGCUUUAAUUUAGAGUUUGUUCUCUGCCCUUCCUUGUAUGUGUGGAUAAAAUACUUCUUGGCUCUAGGGGCCUGAGAAAAGUAAAGAAUCUAAAUUCUCCUUUACACAGGAAGGAUUUUCAAGUGAGUUUUGAGAACAAGCUGAGGUGUGGGUUAAAAUCUAAGUAGAAAGGUGUAAGUACACUGUUUUAUGAUUGUCUGUCAUCCUUAUUAUCAUAUUACCAGCACCAUCAGAAUCACAAAAGAGGAUGAGUUGUAAUUUAAUAUAAUAAUCUAAAUUUAUUCUACAUUUAAAAUUCUGUCACCCUGUAAAUCUGUUUUUUUAGCAUCAAAAUUAUACUGUUGGACCUAGAGGUUUCCAAAUUGCUUUAUUGAAGGGUUCUACUUACCUUUCUAACUUCAUUUAGAACCACUUCACCUUUGAUUGUUUUAAAAAUUAAACCUCAUUCAAACUGUCUGAAGAUCUAUGAAUUAGAUAGUAGAAAAUCUUCUCAUUUACUCUAAUUUAUGCUUCCAGCACUCAACUAUCAGAAAUUAAGGGACAACAUAGUGUUGGCAAAUUAGAACCCUAACAGGAUGAUUGAUUUUUCAUUGUUAAUUCGCCAGGAGCAUCAAUACUUUGUAAAACCCAGUAUGUUUUCUUAAGAAAGUUAGCCAAACUCUCUUUACUACUCUGGUAAUUUUUCUCUGUUUUCUCUUCCUUUUUAAGGUUAUUUAUAUUUACUUAAGCAAAAUUGGCCAAGAUUGCUCUAAGAUUUACAAACUGAGAACCAGUGUAUUGCAAAUAAUUGAGGAAUUGAUUUCUUUAACUUUGUACAUUUAACAAAAAAAUUCUAGCCAGUAGCACAAAUGAUGCCCCUAAAGAACUCGAUAUUUCUUAUGCAAAUAACAUUUGCCCAUUUCUAGUCUAAAACUUGAAGAACAUGUGCCAGAAUGUAGUUUUUGAGUUUACUAUCUUGGUGUAUAUGUGUGUGUGUGUGUGUGUGUGUGUGUGUGUGUAUUAGAUUUUUGACUAGGAGAUGUAUAUGAAAAUGGAAUAAAUUGAUGUGAAGAGAAUGGAAACCCUUUUCUGAAUUCUGGAUUAGCUACAAUUUAAUGUGCAAUUUGGGGCUUCAUUAAUUUACCUCAUGGGUAAAAUGGGAUAAUAAUGUCUAAUGGGUAGGCUAGGGAAGUUGGAAGUCGCAUAUAUGUGUGCAUGCAUAUGUGGGGUGUGUGUGUGUGUGUGUGUGUGUGAGAGAGAGAGAGAGAGACAGAGAGAGAGAGAGAAUGUCAUUACAUUGAACUCCUGAAUGUCUGUUCUGCAUUUUUCCAUACCCAUCUGUCUAGCAAUCAAAUGGAUACAUGACUGCUUUACUGUAAGGAAUUACUGCACAGAGAUUAUUCUCCUUAUACUACGUGAGAGAGAUCAAGUAUUAAUUUAUUUGCUCUGACCUUUUAUACUCUUCCUGAAGGAAAAUGAUUUCUUCAUGAUGUGUAAGCCCAAUUGAGAGUUUUCUUACAUAUUUCAAUUCAAGAAUGUAUUCAUCCAGGACCCUCUCUCAAUUUAAGAGUACAGUGUCAUUGAAUGAUCAAAGUUCAUAUUUCUGGUAAUAUUUUGGGCUUCCUUGGCAUCUGGAGUAAGAGCAUUUCUUUUGAAGUUAUCCAUUUUUUUUAACUUUCUUUGGAGGAAAAGUUGCAAAAUAUGGUGGAAAAAUCUUCUGCAUGAAAAGAGGAGGGGGAUCUAGCCCUUUACACACUCAGCAGAUUUACUCUGCUUGUGAAAAAAGAAACAACUUUAUUGGAAGCAGAUGUUGACACUAUGUCAGUUAUUGAAGAUGGAAAGAGUUCGCGUGCCAGGCAGUUAUAAAAGGGUAUUGAUAGCAGUUACAAUCCUGAUGGAUCAGCUUCCCACGUGAUGGAGGAAUAGCAGAAUCUAUGAAACCAAAAUCCAAACCAGUCUCCAAUUUUAAUGUACAGGACCCAGAACCCUAAGGAUUUAUUUUUAAAAUUUUGUUUUGUUUUUUUUCUUCCCCGAAGGAUAAAAGCUAAAUCUUUCAGGAAAUGUAAGGCUUGAGAGAAAAAUUACAGCUUAUGUUUUAAAAAAUAUUUAAAAGCUAAAGAACUUUUAAACUCUUAUCAAAGCAUUAAAACUAUUAUUAAAAUUGUUUAAAAAUAUUAGGCUAGAGUUUUAGUCCAAAAAAUAUAUGUAAACUGUAAAAAAUUACAGCUGGUGUUUGGGACAUGUAUGAAUCCUGAGAGGAAACCUCUGUCUCAGGAGCUGCAAAAUAUUAAUCACCUUGAUAACUUGAUCACAGAUUGGGCAAAGAACAGACAUUAAAAUUAUACAUUGGGAUUUUUUUUUUUUAGUGCUUUAGUGCUUUCCAAAUUGUAGAGAUAGUCAUUAUUUUAAAAAGAUAGUGAUUUUCUUAUUGUCAUUGUGCUUUUUCAUUUGCUUAAAAAAACCUUUUUUAUGAUUUCAAAUAAUGCAUAAAACUAAUAUUCAAUUGAAAUUUCAGUCAAUUUAAUUUGAUGCAAAAAUUUUACCUAAAUCUCUUUAUUCAAUCCCAAGAAAUUCUACUAUAUUUGAGCAUAAUUUACCAAUCCCAUUGAAUAAGUAAACAAGAACACCUUCUAGAAAAGGAAAAUUCAUCUUUAAUUAGCUUCCUGUUUCUAGACUACUAAAAUUGGGCAUAAGAAUAUUUCUGUUAGACUACAAGAUUCUUUAAUUAUUUGUUGUUAUAUGCAUAAGAUGUGAACUUUUCUAAUAAUGUCUCUUUAUACUAAUAGAGGUGUAAAUUUUUUUCUAUCCUGUGGUUAGAGCAAAGUUAAUUUACACACUUGAUUUAAUUCCUUAGGAUAUGUAAAUUUUUGCAUAUUCUAUCUGAUUUAGAAAUACUAUUCCAUAUGUUUUUUUAGGAUAUACAAUAUAGGGAAAGGUUUUCAUGUGAAGUAUUUGUAUCAUUUUGAAGUGUAUAUACUAAAGGAAAUGUUGGAUUCAAUAUGUUUUCAUCAUAUAAAUCUAAAGUACAAUGCUUUCAUAAAGAAAAAAAUACACAGAAUGAUAAACUUUAUAUUUGUCACAUGAUCCAGUAAACUGAAAAUCAACAAUAGAAACAUUACCAUACACCACUGGAAUAUAAUGUAAUUUCAAAUUUAUUAGUUCCACAAACAAUUAUGUUACCUUUACAUUUCCAUAAAAGGAAAUUAAUCUUAGUUAUUCUGUCAUUUUUAAGUAAUAAAAAUAUAUAUCAUUCAUAAAACUUUUGGUUUUAUAAGAUAAUUAUAAAAUCACAUUUUUAGGGUUUUUUGUGGGAUUGGGGAAGAGACUUUUAAAUUUCUAUUUACACUUCAACUGCAGGACACAUAACUAUAUGCCAAUGAUACAAAAUGAUGGAAAACUUUGUAGUAAAAACAGAUGUCAUUAUCUUCAAUUGUUCAAUAAAUAAUGUGAAUUUAAUGUGUAUAUUUAAUGUAGCAUUUUAAUUUUGUCUGAAUUUCUUGAGAAUUAAAUGUUUUUGUUUCCUCUUUA